AAAUGUUUAAAGCAAGUCAACCUGUUUUCAAGGCGUGAUGGAGACGACGUCAAAGCCAGCUGGAAGCCGGAAAAAGGCGGUUUCUAAGUCGGCAAAGGCCGGACUCCGCUUCCCGGUGGGUCGGAUUGCCCGCUAUCUCAAGAAAGGACGUUAUACACGGCGUUGCGGCGCCGGCGCUCCCGUCUAUCUCGCCGCCGUCCUCGAGUACAUUGCUGCUGAGGUGUUGGAAUUGGCGGGGAAUGUGGCACGUGACAGCAUGAAGAAAAGGAUCAAUCCACGGCACGUGUAUAUAGCUCUGAGAAACGACAAGGAGUUGGGGAAGGUUCUGAAAGGAACCAUUCCUAGUAGUGGAUUCCUUCCCACCAUUUACGCCCUCGUUUCUUCCAAGAAAUCAUCCUCCUUCUUAUUUCUUUUUCUGAUCUUUCCUUGCAGCUAUAUUUCCGGUUGUCUUAAAUUUACGGCGAUUUCUUUAUCUUCAAAGACCCACCAAGGGAUUCACAGCAAAUGGAGAUUGUUUCAAAAGGGUAAGCUCAGAAUCUUCAGUUUCAUCCAAAUCACCCCGUUGAAGAAGAUGAAGACGAAGCCCAGGUCGUCGGAGAAUCAAAACAAAGAACACAAUACGUCGUCUUCGUUGCUGGACUUGCUGGACUUGACCCUCGAAUGCAUUCUGGACCGCCUUUCGCCCGUCGGUCUGUGCGCCAUGGCUGGCAAUCUUCAGUUUCAUCCAAAUCACCCCGUUGAAGAAGAUGAAGACGAAGCCCAGGUCGUCGGAGAAUCAAAACGAAGAACACAAUACGUCGUCUUCGUCGUCUUCGUUGAUGGACUUGCUGAAGUUGACCCUCGAAUGCAUUCUGGACCGCCUUUCGUCCGUCGGUCUGUGCGCCAUGGCUGGCGUCUGCUCGUCUUUAAGGGAUCGAUGUACUGGCGACCAUUUAUGAGAAGCGGCGGAGAGAGCUCACGCGGAGAACACUUUGAAAUGCUUCUCGGUUAA